AAUUUGUGUUCGAUUUUUAAAUUGUUUUAUUUAAAUAAUAUAUAUUUUUAUUUGUUAUAUAAAUUUGUAUAUUUUGUGUUUAAGUAUCAAACAUUUCGUGUUGAUCCCACUGUGAUUUCCAAACAGGUAUUUAAAGAUUCRAAAAAUCAAUAUGCAAACCAAUCAACAAGUGAAAAAAAGAUUACGAGAUGAAUUUAACGAUAUUGAAUCGAAGAAUAUGUGGAACAUCACAUUCAGAUUUGUUGAAGUAGAAAGUUCAAAAAUUAAAAAAACAUCUGAUGAAGCAAAGAAACCACAGAACAAGGCUCUAAAUAGGUAUCAAGAUGUCUCUCCUUAUGAUGAAACUAGAAUCAUUCUAAAAAGAGGAAAUGUAUCUUACAUAAAUGCUAAUCUUGUACAAGUAUGUAAUUGUGAAAGGCAGUAUAUACUAACUCAAGGACCCUUAGAAAACAGCACUUCCCAUUUUUGGCUCAUGGUAUGGGAACAAAGUACUAAAGCUAUCGUAAUGUUGAACAAAGUUAUCGAAAAGAAAAAACUUAAAUGUCAUCAAUAUUGGCCAAAGAAAAAAAAAGAUAAUGAUAAAUUUGUAUGGAAUGAUGUUGGUCUAUCUGUAGAGUUUGUCUCUAAAAUCAACCAUGGAUUUUAUGCACUAAGCGUUUUAAAACUUAAUGACUUAGAUUCAGGAGAAUCUCGUGAGAUUUAUCAUUUCCAUUAUACUGAUUGGCCAGAUUUUGGAGUACCCAAAACUCCUACGCCUUUUUUACGUUUUCUCAGAGAUGUUAGACGUAGUGGUAGUCUUGAUCCAUCUCAAGGACCAAUUGUCGUUCAUUGUUCUGCAGGAAUAGGACGUUCGGGAACGUUUUGUUUAAUAGAUACCUGCCUUAUAAAAAUGAAUACACCAGAAGGCUUAAACUAUGUUCAUAUACGUUCAUUACUAGCAGAAAUGAGAAAAUGUCGUUUAGGACUUGUUCAGGCUCCAGAACAAUUACGAUUUGUUUACCAAAGUGUUAUUGAAGCCCUUGAUACAGAUUGGGAAGCCAAUAAUGAGGAUAAUCUACCUAGUCUAGAUGGCUCAUUAUUAAAUAAUAUAAGUGAAUCAGAUUGUGAAAGUAGUGAUAGCGAACUAAGCAGUGAGUCACCCCCUUUACCGCCUCCUCGUAUGGAAUCAUUAAGGCAGCAAGAUGAAGAUGAUUAUGAUGAUGAAGAAUCAUUAGUUUCAGAAUCUGAUAGUGAUGAAAAUGAAUCAACCCCACCACCGUUACCACCUCCAAGAGAUCUCGAUUUAUCUAAACCUAAUGAUUGUAUUGAGACAACCAAUACCAAAGACGAGCGCAAUAAGAACAAAGUUGAAGGAGAGGCAGAAAAAACAAAAAUUAUGGCAGACAAAUUAAAAAUAAUGAAGAGAAAACAAAAAGAGCAAGAAAAAUGGGAACAAAUCAAAAGGUCCUGGUUUUAUCCAUUGAGAAAUUUAGGAAUUGGUGUUAUAGCUAUUAGUGGUGGUGUAAUGAUUGUCGCAUAUUUGAUGAAUUAUAAAAAAUAACGUUUUUUAAUUUAAUGAUUUAAACUCGGCUUUACAAUUUACAAGGGCAUUAACAGACAUAUUCAAUGUUUGCUUUGAUUUAAAUAUCAUGAGAAGUGGUGUUAUAGAAGACAACAAAAUAUUUAUCAAAAUAGCUAUACUUCCAUUUGAAUAAUUAAGACUGAAAAUAAACAUUUAAAAAUUUAGAUUGAAGGUAAUUUUUUUCUUUUGAUUCUACCUUAAUUUUAAUUUGUUUUAU